GGAAGUGACGAAAUUGCACUAGAAUCAAGUCGCUUUAUAGAGGUCGGAGGAUUGUUGGAGAACAUUAGCGACAGCCCAAUUUCAGUGAUAAAGAUUCACACAUAUACAUCUCUGUCUUUCACAUAGGGAAGUUACUCCGAUCACCUGAGACUGUUUUAUAAACGGACAGACCUCGGACCAAACAGAAUAACCCCUGCUGGAAUAGUAUUUCAAAUAAAGAAACUCGACCUCAUCACUGGGAUACACAGCGGAGGUCCAAAUAAAGCACCGGGAUAAGGACACUUGUCUUCGUUACGUAAGGGCCACUGCUGAAAAUUUGUCAACCAGUGGGGUGGAAAACCAAAACCUGAGCCAUGGGGGAUUAUUACGAGAUCCUGGGUGUGACGAAAAAUGCAUCCCAUGAUGAUAUAAAGAAAGCGUACAGAAAACAAGCACUAAAGUGGCAUCCAGACAAAAACCCAGACAUAAAAGAAGAGGCAGAGAUCAGGUUUAAAGAGAUCUCAGAAGCAUAUGAAGUCCUGUCAGAUGAAAACAAACGGAGACAGUAUGAUAGAUAUGGUAAAGAAGGCCUCUCUAAUAGAGGUGGCCAUUAUGAUGAGGAUUUCAUGGGCGGAUUCACAUUCCGUAAUCCAGAAGAUGUCUUCAGGGAAUUCUUUGGAGGCCGAGAUCCAUUUGCAAAUUUUGCAGAUUUCUUUGCUGAUGACCCCUUUGAAGAUUUCUUUGGUGGUGGUCGGCGUCAUAGGGGUGUGAGCAGGAGCAGGACGACAGGUUCAUUCUUUCCCGGAUUUUCUCCAUUUGGUCCCGCCUUUUCUGGGUUUGACACAGGAUUCACUCCGUUUGGCCCAAUGGGUGGGGGUGGUUUAACCUCAUUUUCCUCCUCUUCAUUUGGUGGUGGAGGUGGAAUGGGAAACUUCCGCUCUGUCUCCACAUCCACCAAAUUCAUCAACGGAAGGAGAAUCACCACCAAACGUAUUGUAGAGAACGGUCAAGAGAGAGUGGAGGUAGAGGAGGACGGUCAGCUCAGAUCUCUCACAGUCAAUGGUAUUUCUGAUGACAAUGCAUUGGAGGAAAGCCGCAGACAGAACGCUCUCUCUAGCACUGCCCCACACAACCGGUACCUCCGAAAUGUGGCCCAGAACCCUUCAGAGGAGGAGGAGGUGGAGGACAGAGGCCUGCAGAAUCUGGGACUUGCCAAAGGGUUUUUUGACUCCAGGAGAAAGAAGCUAUUGCUGAAGGAGUCUGACACCAAAAAGAAGCGGAUGCCAAGACUGGCUCCUCGGAUUGGGUGGCCGAGAGAGCUCAACGUGCUGCAUCUGAAGAAAACACGUGCAAAUAGAAAAAACACCAGCAAAUAAAGAAAACAUCUUCAUCAGUUUGACAACACAUGUACUGCAAAAGUUUACAACACGAGCAAAUACAGAAACGCACUGCAAAUAGCACAUACCAGGCCCCCCUCUGCGAUGAUCUGAAUGAUGAUGAUGAUGAGGCUACUUUUAGAAUUAAAUUAAUAUUUUAAUUUGCCCCGCAUCACGUAUCAUGCAUAACCGACGCGCUGUAAUAAGUUAGCUAACUCCUCAUUUAAAAAAACUACUUGUUUAACACCUACAUCUCUUCUCAUUUUUUCACUACGUAUGGGCCACAAGAGAAAUAUUAAGAAAUAAAUUAAGGUUAAAUAGUGUUAUCAGAACACGUUGAAGUAGAUCUCUCAUUGCUGAGUUUUUAGUUUCACUUUCUGCAGUGAAUAAUUGACUGGGAUUUGAGACAUAAAAUCAAGUAAAUUAUAUAAAAAAAAAGAUUAUUUAUUAUUAAUAAUUUAUUAAUAAUGUUUUUUUCAUGCAAAAUAAUACCCCCCCAAAUCGUUUGUCCUGGCACCGGGACUGGCACAGACCACAACGAAAAUGUUAUAAGGGAACACCAUCAAGUAACGUACCUGGCUGGGACCGCUUAUUGUUCAAUGUUUACUCUUCAGUGGUGUGCACCUGAAAGGUGAGUUUUGUUUAUCUUAACAUCCUGAUCGUAUGUGCAUUGUGAGCAGGCCUAUUUGCAGCGCGUUUCUGUAUUUGUUUGUGUUGUGAACUUUUGCAGCGCGUUUCUAUAUGUUGCUUGUGUUGCAAACUUUUGCAGCGCGUUUUUGUAUUGCAUGUGUUGCGAACUUUUGCAGCGCGUUUCUGUAUUUGCAUGUGUUGUGAACUUUUGCAGCGCGUUAUUGUAUUGCAUGUGUUGCGAACUUUUGCAGCGCAUUUCUGUAUUUGCAUGUGUUGCGAACUUUUGCAGCGCGUUUCUGUAUUUGCUUGUGUUGCGAACUUUUGCAGCGCGUUUUUGUAUUGCAUGCGUUGCGAACUUUUGCAGCGCGUUUCUGUAUUUGCAUGUGUUGUGAACUUUUGCAGCGCGUCUUUGUAUUGCAUGUGUUGUGAACUUUUGCAGCGCAUGUUUUGUCAAACUGAUGAAGAUGUUUUCUUUAUUUGCUGGUGUUUUUUCUAUUUGCAUUUGUUUUCUUCAUUUGCAGCGCGUUGAGCUCUCUCUGCCACUGUACAUGCUGCAUUCAUGUAGUGUUGUCAAAGGUCGACGAAUCACUAUAAAAGUCUUGGUAACAUUUGCUUAUUGUAACUGUUGUAACCUUUUUUUUUUUCAUUUCACAAACUCAUGAUUUUCCCACAUCCAUCACCAUGCAUAUGCUGCAAAAAUCUUUCAUUAUCCUGAGCUGAUGUUUAAAAAACAAUCACACUCACUUUCAUUCAUGGUUUUUAAACAUAUCGUAGGAUAUCCCCCUCCAUCGCUGUGGUGUCGAAAACAGGCAGUUCAAGAAGGAGCCUAAAGACAUCACUCAUUGGAUAAUUAAACCCAACUGAAAUACAUUUAUUCAUGUUUUUAAACAUUAAACAGAUCUGUUCAUUAUUCUGUAAAGUAUGUUCAAGUUACUUGCAAGACUGUUUUCAACACUUCGAUAUAUUUUUGAUGAAGAAAAUAAUUCAUUAUAAACAUAAAAGUGAGGCACUUUAAAGUUUGUGUGUUUGCUGGUGAGUUAUGCAUUUUGUAUUUAAUGAUGGAGUACAAACUCAGGAUUGACAUGAUAUUUAAAAGAGGCUUGAAAGAGUAACCAUGGAAGAGACAAAAAGAGACAGGAUGAUGAGAGAAGACAGAACAGGUCAGACUGAGGUACUGAGGAAAGUGGGAAAGACCAGGAAGAGAAAGAGGGGAAAGGAUUUUUAAAUUAUUCAUUUACCAAUGUGAAAGAACACGUUUUCACCAGUCUGCCUUUUGAUCCAGUCUUAAGCACUGUAUGAAUAUUUCAGAAAAUACUCCAGAUGUGGUAUGUCCUUCCAGAACUGGGAGCAUGGCUUUAAUUUUUCUCCAACUACUGCAUGUAUGUGUUUCAUUUUGUUUUUCGAUAUGGAACAGAGACUCAAAUCUUUGCAAAAUCAUAGUUUCUGUAUUAAAAAGGAAGAAGAAGAAGAAAAAAAUAAUUAAAGAGAUGACAAGCUACAUAGACACAUUUUUAGUAAUACAUAUUAAAAAGCUUCUACUCUGAUGUGUUAUAGUACUUUUUUGCUGAUGCCUAAUGAAUAUGUAUUAUUUGUUGAUACAUAUUUAUGCUGUUAAUUGGUAUUGGUGUGAACUGAGGCAUUUUUAAUCAAGUGCUGUUAUUUUCAAAGCCAUGAAUGUCUGUUCAUGCUGUACUGCAAUAACUAAUAAAUUGUGUUUUGGGGGAAAAACACUCAACACAAAAAUAUUUUAACCAUACUAGAAAAUCGCUUGCUGUUUACUUACAUCUGUGAAGGUUUUACUUUGUAAUAUUGACAAAAAGGCUUAUUUCUCUUGUAUGUCUGGUUAUUUUUCUUUUUUUUUUUUUUUAAACAUACACAAAUAAAGCUUAAAGUUGCA